AUGGCAGAAGCACAGAAAGCAACCAAGCUCUGGGGUGGCAGAUUCUCCGGCGAGCUCGAUCCGUUGAUGGUCACGUAUAACGAGUCAAUUAACUUCGACAAGGUGUUCUAUGCCCAGGAUAUCAAGGGAUCAAUCGCCUUUGCCCGCGCCAACGUUGGAACCGGCAUUCUUACCAAGGAGGAGUUCGCUGCGAUCGAAAAGGGAUUGACUCAGGUGCUUCAAGAGUGGAAGGAUGGCAAAUUCGUUAUCCAGCAUGGUAUAGAUGAGGAUAUUCACACUGCCAACGAGCGUCGUGGCCGAAGCCGAAAUGACCAGGUUGCGACUGACCUGCGAAUGUGGCUCCGAGAUGAGCUCCGUGAAGCUGAGAAGUUCCUCGUUGAGCUACUCACCAUUCUCACGGACCGUGCAGCCCUAGACAUUGAUUAUUUAAUGCCAGGAUACACCCAUCUUCAGCGUGGACAGCCCGUGCGAUGGAGCCACUGGAUGCUCAGCUACGGAUCUGCGUUCCUCGGUGACCUCGAACGUCUCCGUGAGGUGAUAAAACACGUCAACAAGAGCCCACUUGGGUGCGGUGCCCUUGCCGGAAACGCCUUUGGAAUUGACAGAGUCGCCAUGGCAGAAGAACUAGGAUUCGAGGGGUUGAUUCAGAACAGCAUGGCGGGAGUGGGAGAUCGUGAUUUCAUCCUAGAAGCACUACAGUGGGCGUCGACUUUGAUGCUGCACAUGUCUCGCUGGAGUGAGGAUUUGAUCAUUUACAGCACGACAGAGUUUGGAUUCGUUAGACUAUCCGACGCAUAUACCACUGGUAGCUCGCUGAUGCCACAGAAGAAGAACUGUGACUCCCUCGAACUGCUCCGUGGCAAGUCUGCACGUCUAUUCGGCGCCAUGGCCGGCUUGACGAUGACCAUCAAAGGAAUUCCAUCCACCUACAACAAGGACCUGCAAGAGAGUGUCCAGCCGAUGAUCGAAAGCAUGAAGACCGUCAAGGACAGCGUGCUCAUCGCCGCCCGUGUCCUCGCGACCCUCACCGUCUUCCCCGAGAAGAUGCUCGCGGCCCUAAGUCCCGACAUGCUCGCAACCGACCUUGCCGAAUACCUGGUUCGAAAGGGUGUUCCAUUCCGAGAAACCCAUCACAUCUCUGGCCGUGCCGUUGCGUUGGCGGAGAAGGAGAAUAUCCCGAUGGAUAAGUUGACGCUUGCUCAGUUCAAGGGUGUCGACGAGCGAAUUGGCGACGAUGUCCUCGAGGUGUUCAACUAUGAGCGAUCUGUUGAGCUCAAGUCCGCGAUUGGCGGGACCAGCAAGUCUGCUGUUCUCAAGCAGAUCGAGACCCUGCGAAAGUCAUUGUAA